CCUGCUUACGGCAGGGAUGGGCAGGGGGUGCGGCCAGGAUGCACAGGUGGAGCAGAGCUUUACCUGCUCCAGUGCUUUGCCUCUAUAGCCUGGAAGCAUCCACUGACCAGGUAUACGGCACACACCUGGUAUCAGGAGGAUGCCCCCUUACAAGGACUGACAUUGCAGAGGAGGGGGCAACAUGGAAAGGGCGGGAAACGUCACAGUGAAGGAGGGUCGUAACUCGGGGCUCUGGAACCUGGACUAUCUGGUGGCCUGCUUCGCUGAGGAGAAGAUCUGCGUGUCCUUCGGGCUCUGGCUGCUGUCCUGCUUGUUCUGGUUCACCUCCUUCUCCCUACAUUUCUACUUGAGGUGCAGACGGAAGUCAAGCUAUGAAGAAUCUGUCUUCUGGAGCAUAUAUGGUUUUUUCGGUUCUACGUGUAACACAAUUGGGGCAUUAUUGUCAAAGCAGCUUACCAUCCAGAUCAUCACCGGGGCAUUUAUGGCAUUGUCGGAUGUUAUAAACUUUGUGUUGACUUUAUUCCCGGCAUGUAACUCCAGGCGCAGAGUGAGAUUAAAACACAGGAACUCCAGAAGAAAGCACAAGCCUGUCUUAUCUGCUUUGUCACUCUUUACGCUUAUCAGCUUGGGAUGUUGUUACUCCAUGGUAGAAAAUGACCUUCCUUCUAUGGAACUGCCUCAUUCUCCUCAGAGAAGGUUACUUGGCACCAUGCUGCAGGAAAAUACAGAUGUUGUGGGCUUUACACUUGGGAUCAUUGCUGUUCUAGUCUCCUGGACUGUAAGAGUACCUAUCAUCACAAGAGUGUGCAGAGGGCUUGUGUUCCCAGUUGUUCGCGUAUGGGCCGUGCUGUUUUCUGCCUUGGCCAGUAUGAUGUAUGCGGCUGCCGUCAUGUCGCAUGAUCGCCACCCAGAAUAUUUUGUCAGAGCAAUCCCUUGGUUCCUUAUAUCAAUGGGCGCUGCUGCCUUGGACGUUGCCUUAAUGUUCUUGUCUUGUAUUAUGAAACAUAAACUGGCCCAACACAUGGGGCUUGUAUUGGAUGCAACACUGGAUGAAGAAAGUUGUGAGCUACUAGUGCCUGAGGAACAGAAGGCAGAAGAGGCAAAUGUCAUCCAUAACACUACUGCAGAGAACUCAAGCUGGACACCACUGAAUAUGGUCCCCAACAGAUGUUUAAGUAGCAAGGUAUCACUCGGACGUUAUGUGAGUCUCAGCAUUGAGAAAGUGCAACAGAAUGAUAUGGGAGCAGAAAGACUACCUGGGGAUGGACAGACUAACCCUGGGUGCUCUAAUCAGAACGAACCACUCUGCUACUUUGACCUGCCUGUGUAUCCUCCUCCUUGUAUCACACAUUCCAGCUCUUCUGACACUUCUUCUAAUACUACUGACCUGGAGUGGGACUUUGAAGAUUUACAUCAGAACUGGAAUAAGGACUCCGACUUCCCAACUAUCCAGGCAAAUGACAGCUCUGUCUUGAAAGCCGUCAACAUCAGUUCUGAACAAAAGUUCCCAUCCACCAUCUGGCCAAGUUUCAAAAGCCUUGAGUCCACUACCGGCUAUAAUAAUACACAAUCUGCAGACCUGACGAAAAUAGAACAGAGGUGAAGAAAAGAAAAUUGUUGAUUUUUUUUUGCAUCGGAAAAAGAAUGUUUUGACUCCAUUCCUUCAGUCAAUCAAUGACCUGUAAAAAUAAUUGUGUAGACUUGCUACACAAAGUACAACUUCUGGGAUGUACAUGUACAGUGGAUUAGUUAAGAAAAAUCUUUUUUUUUUUUGGGCAGCAAUAUCUAGCACUUUAGUAUAGGAGCUGCUCUGAUCAGAGUGUUGCACAUUGGAUGCUGCCUCUAUCAAUAGUUUUGUCAUAUCCCACAAUCUACUUUUCACACAAUACUUUCUUCUAUGCUUUUUUCUUUUUUUCAAAUUUGUAAAUUUGUGAAAUUUCGAAUGUUUUGUACCUAUUCAAAUUUACCCAAUUUUGAGUUGUAAAUUUCAGUUUUUAAUUGUGUAUUUUUUUGAAAGUUUGAUAGUUUAUUCAGUUUUCACCUGCUUCAGUCUAUAACUUAAAAAUGAAGUUUGAUUCGCUCAUUGGAUUUCCCCGUCUACGUGAUGUUUGUUAUCUUGUGUUGUAAAUGUGGUCGUACACACUAGACCAGAAUAGGUUGAACUACAGUUAAAUAAAUGAUACCUUCUUAUAGCCAAUAUAUACGUUCCAACAUUAUAUUCCAUAUUUUCAUAAAGGUUGUUCGAUAUAUAGCGAUAUCAUUUUCAAGGUAAAGCCAGCCAAAGGAUAAACUAUCUUCCUGGGAACAUUAUUUCUCUGAGAACAAAAGGAAAUAGUUGAAAUACAACUGGCCAAUCCUUUGGCCUUAUAAACAUUUAAUGGUUGUACAGUUC